GCGGCGGGAGGAGGAGGAGAAGCGAAGCGGAGAGAGCCUGAGGUGGCAUAGGUGGAAGCGGCCAGUGGCCCGUCCGGCUGCCGCCUUCCUCGUCGUCCCUUCCGCCCCCAAGUCGGCGCCCAGUGGAGGAGGAGGGGGGAGGGAGUCAGCGUGAGCCCUGCCCAGUGGGGCCUUCGCCCGGUCUCUCAGCUUUCUGCGCCCGGCACUACCCGACUCCCUCCACAGCUCGUUCCCUCCGUUCCUGCCCAGCGCCAUGGCGGCGGCGGCGGCGGCGGCGGCAGCUGAUGCCAACAACAGCAGCAGUGGCGGCGGCGGCCGAUACCAGCAGUUGCAGAAUGAAGAAGAACCUACUGAUAAUCUGCAAACUACUAACGAUUUCCCACCACCUUACAGCAGCAUUUCUGGAGAAAAUUCAGUGUAUUUUGACUACAAAGAUGAGGCUGGUUUUCCUAAACCUCCUUCUUAUAAUGUAGCCACAACACUGCCUACUUAUGAUGAAGCUGAGCGAACUAAGGCAGAAGCUACCAUUCCUUUAGUUCCAGGAAGGGAGGAGGACUUUGUGGCAAGGGAUGACUUUGAUGAUUCUGACCAGCUGAGGAUAGGAAAUGAUGGCAUUUUCAUGUUGACUUUCUUCAUGGCAUUCCUUUUCAACUGGAUUGGAUUCUUCCUUUCUUUCUGCUUGACUACGUCAGCAGCAGGAAGAUACGGGGCCAUUUCUGGAUUUGGUCUCUCUCUCAUUAAGUGGAUCUUGAUUGUCAGGGUGAGUGGCAAAGUGGAAAACAACUUUAGCAGACUGCACAACCAAUUUGGCUUUCUCCUGUUUCUCAGAGGAUUUAUCAAUUAUGCAAAAGUUCGGAAGAUGCCUGAUUCAUUUUCCACUCUUCCCAGGACUAGAGUUCUCUUUAUUUACUAAAGACAGAUGUUUUCUGGCAACAUCUUCCUGCAUUAAUGAAUCCUCUCUCAAAUAGUAAGUGGACAGCUGCAGGAACCAAAUCAAGAUUCUGAACACAGAAGAAUAAUCACCUGCUUUAAAAGAAAUAAAGUACUGUUGAAAAAGAGAAGCAUUUCUUUCUAUUUGUUUCUAGAUGUAAAAUUUUAAUAGUUUAAUGCAGAACUCCUGUAAUCAUUGAUUGAAUCAUUAGUGGCUAAUGUUUGAAAUGGCUCUUGCAAUCAAGUCUGUGAUGUUACUAAUAAAGCCUUAUAUAGUAUUUGUAGUCAUUUAAAUAGCAUGAGCUAUUGCCCUGUAGUCCAGAAGGGGUCAGUCUUGCUUUUUGUUCUCCUUAAAAUGAACUUUGAAUAUGUUCUGGUAAGAUAUGUAAUAAUGCUGGCCAUUGUGAAGGGAUGUUUUCAGAACUUUAGAAAAUUGUUUUGACUGUAUUUCUGCACAUAGUGUGUAUCUGUUGUUAAAAUAAAUU